AUGGAUGCUUCUCAAGAACUUCACCUUCCAAACUACAUGAAAGACGACAAGGUUAGCCAAGAAACCAAGAAUUUGAUCUCUUCUCUUCCUUCAGACAAAUAUUUCAUGGGUUACAGUCUCUACAACUACAAAGGUUGUUGGUACUAUCCUAACACACUCCAAGCCGUUCUUGACGUCCAAAAACAUUUCCGGCCACGAAGACAUAAUCCCCAAAGGUAG